AAGAAGAAGAAGAAGAGUGAAAAGGUAUAGCGAGCUUGACCAAGAUUGACCAAAUCUCACAUUGCAACUAAAAGAACUUUAAGGGGACGCAUCCAAAAUUCUUGAAACAAAAGGGUAGAAAGUGUAAAUAUAAAGAUAAGGAGCAGGCAGAGUGACUCUGUCUGAACUCCGGGCGCUAAGAAUCCAAGGAUUUGUGACUGAUCUGAUUUCAACAACUGCUCGAAAUCUCAGAUCAGUGCAUGAGUGAGGGGGGUAUGAAAUUCAAAUAAAAGAAUUUAAUAGCAACAAUCUGAAAUUCUUCAAAGCCACUGGGAAGGAAGUGUAAAAUCAUAAACCCCAAACAGAUUACAGGAGAAAAUGAAAUACCAAACCAGCCAGCUAACUUGUAACGGAUUUAACCGCCCAAGAAAAACUUUUAAAGCCUCUUCCUCUUCACCAAGUCUAGUCACAAUGCCUUGAGCUCUCAUCCCAAAAGAAUCUCAAUUUCCUUAGCUCUCUCUCUCUCUCUCUCUCUCUCUCUCUCUCUCUCUGUGUUACUUUUCCCUCAAGAAACAGAAACUCUCUCUCUGUUCAUCACCAUGUUUCAGUUUACCCUUGACCCAUGUGCUUCCUAUCUAAGGCACGCGCUUUCAUGCUUCAUGCUGCUGGGCCCCGACCACUAUGUCGAGCUUUGCAUCACGGAAAACGACGUCACAUUGGUAGGAGCCGUAGGUGACCCUGAGGAAGGACGCACGCCUGAAAUCCCAAACGUCGUCUUAGCCCUGCAGUUGACCCCUUCCAACUUCUACACUUUUAGCUGCACAGAGAACGUCCGCCUUGGCUUGGACUACUAUAUGCUGUUCAGGGAACUCUUUGAUGCCAAGGGUGGUGAUUUUCUCAGUCUCUCUGGUGAUAUCAGCCGCGAUAACAUUGACUUUGAGCUCCUCAGUGUCUCAACUCUGGAAAUGAAGGUUGCUGAAAUUCCAUUGCUUUCAAGGAGGUUUGGUCAGAUAACUUUACCUCAGCUCCAAAAAGAACGUCCAGUGAUCAUUGGGAUAGCUGCGGAGCUGUUUAGGGUUCUUAUCCUCAGUUCGCGAGAACGAUUUGGGAUGACAGUUACUGUAAGCGUAAUGGGUAAGCAAGUUGUACUUCAUGGACAAGAUAAGGCGAUUGUUCUCAGGAAGGAGGAUUGUGUUAUUUGGAUUCCUGUGGCGGGUCGAUUUUUCUUGAAGUUCAGUACCGAGAAGGCUAACGCACUGCUGAAUGCUUCAAUUCUGUCAAACAUGGUGUGGUUGUAUGGCCAGUGCAAUGGUCCAUCUUGCAUGCUGAAUUUCCCUUUUGGUAAACUUGGAAGCCUAACGUUUUACUUUGGCGAAGAUAAUGCGGGCUCAGAAGAUGAUGCGGUUUUUCACAAAAGAUGAAGAGAAUGGUCUUACUAUCUCUGAGUUCUUAUUCAAAUCAGAUUUUAAUGUGAUUUUAAUGCAAAUUCUUUUUCUCCAUUUUCAAAAUAAUGUGAUUUGAUCACAAGUGUAAAUGAGCAAACAAAAGAUGAUGUGAGUUGUGAGAUACUUUGAUUUGUCUGUUGUACUUGGUAAAGUCUGAUCCUAUUCAUCAUAAUCCUUUGUAAACAAUGCAGCUUUACAUAAUGGUUAGAAUUUGGU